UUCAUCCAAGAAGAGCGCCGAUACCCCGGCCGGUCCAGUAUCUCGCCCGCCGCCGCUCCCUCCUCCCCCCAGGGUGACCCGAGCUGGACCCUAGGUCUGCGGCUGUACCAGGCCCUCCGCUCCGACUCGACCUCCGUAAAUGUCCUCUUCUCUCCUCUGCUGGUGGCCUCCUCUCUCGGAGCACUGGGGGAAGGUUCAGGCGGUAACACCUCCAACCAGGUUCAAGGUCUACUCAACCCACCGUCCCCCGUCAAGGCUGACACGCAGGUUCCCGAACGUCUCGCCGAGGCGUUGAAGAGCUUCAGUGAAGCCAACGGAACCAGCUUUCACCUGCACGCAUCCUCAGCUGUGUUUUCCAAGCAGGUCUCUCCAGUCGACCAGGCCUUUGUGAAGCAGAGUCAGACUAGGUUCAGAGUGAAGCAUCAGACUCUGGGGAAAGGAGACUCCAAGGCUGACCUGAAGCAGCUUCAGGACUGGGCUAAGGCCACCCUUAGUGGACUGGAAGGCACUCCUUUGGAGGCCGAAAUCAAAGCCAGGGCUGGAGCUUUGAUCCUGGCGAAUGCAGUGCGUUUAAAAGGGCUGUGGGAGAGAGAGUUCAGCGAGGAAAGCACAGAUCGUCGUACCUUCCUGGGAAAGAAAUACACCAAAGUGGUGAUGAUGCACAGAGCAGGUUUGUACCGCUUCCAUGAAGACACUGACAACAUGGUGCAAGUUCUAGAGGCGCCUCUGUGGGGAGGCAGGGCCAGCGUCGUGCUCCUGCUGCCCUUUCAUGUCGAAAAUCUGGCUAGGUUGGAAAAGCUGCUGACCCUGGAGCUGCUGUCCAAGUGGCUGGAGAAGGCCAGUGUAACCAGUGUGGCCAUCUCUCUGCCCAAGGCAAACAUCACUAGCACGCUCAGUCUGCAGAAACAGUUGGUUACUCUGGGUUUGACCGAUGCCUGGGACCAGAAGUUGGCUGACUUCUCUGGGGUGUCAGCCAAGAGCAAAGGAAAGCUUCACCUUGGUGGCGUCCUCCACUGGGCUACCCUGGAGCUGGCUGCUCAGGCAGGGAAAGAAGACGCUGACCUACAGGAGGAGCACAUUGAUCGGCCUAAAUUGUUCUACGCCGAUCACCCCUUCAUUCUCUUCGUCAGAGACAGCGCCACGGGAGCCCUGCUGCUGAUGGGAGCUCUGGACCACGCGGAGGGAGAGCCCUUACACGAUGAACUGUAGCACCCUCCUGUCGCGUUAUCCUUCUUUUCUCAUCUUCGGUGUUUCUUUUCUUUUCGCGUCCCCCUCUCAAAGACUGCACACUGGUUUCUGAGUGGAGACAUUGUCAUUCACUGUUGCACACAAUCACAUCAGACUACGUCUGGCUGUCAGACUCUGACACCGCGUAGUGUCACACUGACUGACACUGACACCGACACCGCCAUACUCGACAGAGUCACACACGCACAGUAUCACCAACAUGGCAUAUAGAACAAAAAUACUGUAUGAGACAUUACUAAAGUUGACGGAUACACCAAAAACACUAACUUUGAGCGACUACUUGCCUCCCCCCCACACACACACACACACACGCACUCUCGCAAUACAAGGACUCGAUGAUCAAGUCAACACAAUACAAGAUGACAAACCCCAACAUGCUUGACAAGCACAAGUAGUUACACUGACACAACACAACCAACCGACAAAGAACUUUAACAAGCAGAAGCUCGCAGUGACACUUGAAACUCUGCUGUCAGGGCAGGUGCGCAUUUGUGUGUUUGUGCGGUGACCGACACAUCAAGGGUACCCCUGUGGCCAGUCUCUAGGCUGGCAGGGACCAAUGGCGGGGUCCCCAGGGCUACGUCCAAGGAAGACUGAUGGCUCAGCCAAGUGCUUAUUGAUGAGCCAGCUUAAUGCUAAUGACUGUAAUGCGUUACAACGCUUGUCAACAACACGGAGAGGACGGGGAACCUUUUAAUCUCUUAAUGCCAUCGGGGAUCAAUGACACCAUUAUGCUGUUGGAAACAAACGUAACUGACAUGACUUGAUGUAAAUGUAACAAGUUUAUAUUUAGAAAGAUUACAAAAACUCAAUGACGUCUCCAUGUUGAAUAUAUUUUUGAAAAUUUAGAACAAUGUUGAAUAAAGGGCUGUUUUGGGGGGGAUUUUUUAAAUUCUUUAUUGUCAGUCUCACUUAUCUGAUCACUGAUUCAAAACAAAAAGUGUCCUGUUGAUAUGUCAGAUGUCUGUUACAGGUAUUUUUUUCUCAACUUCCACCCUGAACUGAAAGGCCUUUCAUGCGCUGCCAGGGUCUAUGAAAGUAGAUUUAAAGCCCCAAACUGAAUCACUUACUGAAUUUUAGUGGCAACACAUGAUAGACUUGCAGUGCAUUGAAAGUGUAGCAGCGACUUUGUCAACACAGUCACAGAAUGCUCCCCAACAACCUCAGGUAAAAUGCGUUUCUUCCAUUUCCACCGAUAAAUAAUUGAGAAAUCAAAUCUAUGGUUGAAUAAAAGAAAAAGAAGGUC